CCGAGGCGGAGGGACGGGAGCUGCGCCUCCCGCCAUGUAAACGCGGCGCCGCUCCCGCCCGCUGCUCCUCCUCCCGCACGGGAUGGGGGCCCGGCGCGGGGGUGCCCGGCCAUGAAGGGCGGCGGGGGGGCCGCCAGGGGACCGCGACUCACGGGGACCGGCGGGGCUCCUCCUCGCUUACUGCUAUGGACAGUGCUAUCACCCUUUGGCAGUUCCUCCUCCAACUCCUCCAAGAGCCUCAGAACAAGAAUAUCAUCUGUUGGACCUCCAACGACGGGGAGUUCAAACUGCUGCAGGCAGAGGAGGUGGCCAGGCUCUGGGGAAUCCGCAAGAACAAGCCCAGUAUGAACUAUGAUAAACUCAGCCGUGCUCUCAGAUACUAUUACGUGAAGAAUAUCAUUAAAAAAGUGAAUGGUAAGAAGUUUGUGUACAAGUUCGUUUCUUAUCCGGAGAUUUUAAAUAUGGAUCCACUUGUCGUGGGCCGUAUAGAAGGAGACCCUGAAAUGACUGGUUUUGCGGAAGUUAGCAGUGCUCCAAAGGACGUGGAAAACUGUGGGAAGGAGAAGUCUCAGUCGAGUGCUAAAUCCUCCAGCCGCAAUGACUAUAUCCACUCAGGCUUGUACUCCUCUUUUACUCUGAACUCCCUGAACUCUUCCAGCGUAAAACUCUUCAGGUCCAUCAAGAUUGAGAAUCCAGCUGAGAAACUGAUGGAGAAGAAACCUGCUCAGGAUCCAACACCCUCAGUCAUCAAGUUUGUUACCAUGCCCUCCAAAAAGCCUUCCUCUGUUCCCCUGGUCUCUACCACUUCAGUUGUCUCUGUCACUUCCACUGCCUCUGCCACUUCAACCACAUCCUCUCUUCCCAUCACAUCAGAAGAAACUCUCCAGACCUUGGAAACGCUUGUUCUCCCCAAGUUAACUGUCCCUGAAGCUCCAGCACCUUUGCCAAACUUAACCACCAGCUUCACCCCAACUCCACCCAUCUCCUCUGUUUCUCCAACUCUGCAAGUUCCUUCCACGCCCCCGUCACCACCUCUGAGCUCUAAUCCUGACCUGGACAUUGACACAGACAUAGAAUCUGUGGCUUCUCAGCAGCUGGAGCAGGUUCAGAGCCUUCAGCAUCAAUCCCCAGAGCCCAAAGAGCAGGAUUCAUCUGUGCUGGAGAAGGAGUUUGCCAAUCAACUCUCCAGAUCUAAAAAACCCAAAGGGUUGGAAUUGGCUCCUACUCUCGUCAUUACAGGCAGUGAUCCAAGUCCACUGGGGAUUCUAAGUCCUUCUCUCCCAACUGCUUCUCUUACUCCAGCACUUUUCUCUCAGACUCCCAUCUUGCUGACCCCGAGUCCCUUGCUCUCCAGUAUCCACUUCUGGAGUACGCUGAGCCCAGUCGCUCCUCUCAGUCCCGCAAGGUUGCAAGGUGCUAAUACACUCUUUCAGUUUCCAUCAGUGCUGAACAGUCACGGCCCAUUUACUCUGUCUGGACUGGAUGGACCCUCUACCCCUGGCCCAUUUUCCCCUGAUCUACAGAAGACAUAGCACAUGAACUCAUGAAAAGGACACGUUGGCAAGCAAGGGAAAGAUAGGACACUUAUAUUUAACCAUGUUUUUUAAAUGAGCAGUUUAUAAUUCCAGAGAUUAUCAACAAUCAUAGUUUUUGCCAUUCCCAAAUAAAAUGCCUUUUUUGCAAAAUUCCCUUUUUUGAAGACCAAGGUUGGGAACAUAUAUGCAAACGCCUUAAUAGGAGCUGACGCUCCAGUCUCUUCUCUUCCCUCCCUGGUUUGGAAGACUUCAUUAUGGUUAAAGGGAGUUUCGGCUGGUCGUGCAGUACCCGAGUCUGCACUGAUUGCAGUAAAAUGUACCAGAGAAGUCUUUUCUCUGUGACUCUUGGAAAAACCCUCUUUUCUGCUUCCUGCGCUUGGCAAGAAGAAAUCUAAUCAUGAUCGAAGCUGGCAUUCGAGGAAACGCUUGGGAAGCGGGUGUUUGCAUCGGCUUUGCCUUGGGGCCCGAUAACUUCUGCAGCAACAAAACAGCCCGCGUCUUUUCUGCUGUAAAAGCAUCUUGUCUUUUUGCAGGGAGAAUUUUUCAAGGAAUAUUCAAUGAUUGUGUUACUGAGAUACAGACAAUUUUUGAAUGGCGUUGUACGCCGACAGUCCAGCCUCUCAGAGAAGUGGUCUGGCUGGCUUCUGGAUGCUUCCCUGCCAUCCCUCCAGUGAGGAGGCCAGGUCUGGAGACAAAUGGUGGGAAGAAUUCCUUUCGGUUCUCAGAAAGUUUGAAUGCUGAAGUCCAAACAUUUCUUGUGCCAGAGACUGUUACAGCUGUAACCUCACUGCUAGAAGAUCAGCGGGAUGAAGGAUGUUCCAUGACGUUUUCAGGGUGUGUCUGCACUUGGUGAGAUUGCUGCCUGAUGCUCGAGUUCUAGACUCAAAUGGUGGGCGAGAACACUAACGCCCGAGCAUUGUUACUGCUCUUUUCCCACAUUUGAAGUGGAGAAGCUCUUCUACCAGCUCUUAUCUCAAGUUUUGCAUUAGCUCUGUUGCUUUUUUGAUUUGAGGAAGCACUUGGACCCAAAGCAAGCUUGGCUCAGUGUGUACAGCUAGCUGAGAGAGGUACCAUGGCAUGUCCACCUUACUGUAAAUUUGUGCUUGCUUUGCUUUUAUUAGCGGCCGUGCACAUAUGGAUUAAUACAAGAUCAGUUUUCAGAGCCAUCUGAAGCACAGAUGAAAUGAAUUUUGUGGUUAGAUUUUUAAACUCAGGAGGCCUUUCAAGAACAGAGGACUGAAAGAAGAGAGACUCUCCUCUCCUGACUGCUUCGAGGCUGGGGGUCUCAGUCUGCUGGUGCUGAGUGCUGUACCCCUCCGCGUUGGAUGUCAGGUAGCAACUUCUGUUUGCUGCUGUGUUGGUGGCAUAAGAUAACCUCCAUAACAUACCCACUGGAAAACAGAUGGAGACCAUCUCUUUCCUUUGGCAUCUUCACUGGCUGUCUUUCAAGUUUUAGUGAUCAGAGGAAGAUGGUCCCUUUACAGCAAGAGGAGCUGGCAGUGCACGCUGUACAUACUGCACCUCUCUUACGGACAAGUGGUGAACUCGAGCUUUCCAGAGUUUCCCUUUUGCCACAUUUGCAGACUCUGAAUUCACUUUAAAGCAUGUGACAAUACCUGACAACUUACUGCAGUGACGUUAUCUUUCUAUAUUCUAACAUUGAAAGAUGUAAACCACUUAAUGUGUUCCUGACAUGGCACCCAAGAUGGGUGGGUGUAACGAAGUUGCUUUUUGGGCAUUGUUCAUCCAGAAACUCCCCUGCCCGGUGCGAGAAAAGCACUUAUGCCUUCUUUAGAGAGAUAGCAGAGAGUGAGCUCAUUGAGUGAGUGAUCCUCCUGUUUGGUUACGGCAGAGGUGUAACACUGGUUCGUGGUUUAGACAUCAGCAGAUGCAGGAUAAAGUUCCUGUGCCAGCGGCUCUUCAAGUGACAAUGUGCAAUAUUGACCUUUAUUUUUUUUUUUUUAAAUGCAGAAAGCAAGCUGCAGAUCAUAAUUAAGAGCAGGCACCUGGAAUUUUCUGGUUUGUGUGGUGGCUCCUGAGUCUGCUCUAGAAAAUAUAUAUAGCUAUAUAUAAAUAGCAGCACUUUUAAUGGCAGUUUUAGGUUGGCCAAUUUUAUGCCCACCAAGUGUGUGGACUUGAGAGCAACGUUGCAGACUAGGAUUAGAAUUUAAAAAUAAUUAAUGAGCACUAAAUACUUGCAAUUUAAUUGCUUCCCUUCCCUUGUCCCCUAUGGAGAAAAGCCAAGUUUAUUUGUUUAAAAGUCGUGUAUGUGCACACGUGCACUUAAUCUUUUGUGAACUGUAUCACUUUCAGCAUAGGUAUGCAAGAGAACCAAAUGCUGACGUAGCUUCUCAGUUGUGCUUGGCCUCGUUUCAUGCUCUUCUCUGAGCAGCUUUAGAGGAUUGCACUGCCACACGUUUACCUUCGGGAACACCUUCUUUGGAGAAAGUUCAUAGGAAAAUGCAGCCUGGAUGUGUGGGUUUCAAUCUGGUAACAUCCAGCUUCCUGACAGAACGGAGAGGAAGAUCGCUUUUGCUUCUUAAGCACCUGCCUAGAAAAAUAAUAGUCCCAUCCUGGGUUCUGAUCCCAGGAGGCACUUGGGGAAGCAAGGUGAGAGGGGGGAGGAGGUGGGAAAGAAGGGCUUGCUCACCUUUUCUCCAUUACAACUUUCAGGUCACUUAAGGUAGUUUUAUCUUGUAUAUAUGCUGCCUCAUCAAACACACCUCUACUAACUUGUCUGGAACUGCCAGCUGCUUUGGAUCACAUUCCUGACAGAGCCCAGUGUCGCUGUGAUUUCUUGGAGCCUGGUUCUGUGAAUGGCUGGUACUUUCACUAGCUCUCUUCAGGAGCCAUUUGCAGCUCAGUGCAACUUGUUUUUAAUUUAGUGUAGGGAUGGCGGGGGCUAAUAUAGGCUCUCUUUUAAUUAUCAUGUUAACAGUCUGUAAUAUGGGUAUAGUACUGUGUCAGUUUAAAAAAAUAACAAUGCAGCAUUACAGAAAUGUUUUAUUACAUUACAGUUUGUGUUGCUGAAGUAGCCAUGGUAUUGUUGAAUGCUUGAUAAUGUUAGCAUCAGUUAAUUCAUAGGUGGUGGUAGAAUUAGACUGGAUGAGCAUGGAAGCUGAACAUCUGUCUUGCUUCUGGAGUCUUUCUUAUGUGUUGCUGCUGCCGUGUAGUCCUGCAGAGCUGGAAAGCUUGCACUGCUGUCGCUGUGUGUGCUGUGUCUGGCUUUGUUUGAGAUCCUGAACUGUCAGGGUGCCACUAGCAACAUGUGCUGCCAGCAGAAAUGAUGUAUGGAAAGCAGAGAUGUGUGAAUAACACCCUGCAGUCAUAGAACUAUAAUUGGUCUGUCCUACCUGUUUUUAGAGAAUGUGAUCCUGGUGAUGAAGGUGGUGGAGGAAAGGGUUUCUUUUUGUUUCUUAACAGCAUUGUCAGUCUAGAUCCUUGUUAAGAAAAUUGGUCUUCAGCAGUGACGGCUGAAUGUAACUCCUAUGCACUGGCUUUGGCACAUCCAAGUUGCAUUUUGCAAGAGGUCAGGAAGUAAUAAAAUUCCUUGAAUUUAAGAAUUCAUUGUUUUACCUUAGAGCAUUCUAGGACUUCAAUAUCCAUGUAUAACGGAGCAUGCAUUGUAAUUGGAAAGGCUUUGGCUGGUUUGUUUGGGAUAAUUUCUUCCUCUGAUACGUUUUCAAACCUCGGAUACCUAGCAGAUAGGUUUUUGGUGUUUAUAGCAUUCAUUUUAGCCACAGUGAAGGCUGCUUAUGUGCAUAUCUGCCUGUACACAGCUUUUCAAAACGCACUGAGAUGCAUUAAUGUCAGAUUCCCUCACGCCUUCUACUUUGAUGUGAGAACUUGUGCAGGUUAAGGCGGUGUGCGGGAACUAGCCUAGCAUGUUGAUGCAGUUCCUCGGGUGAGCACAAGCGCAGAGUUCUGAUCCACUUCUGUAGCAUUUCUGUAGUGCUGCAGUCAGAACCUGCAGUCCUGACAGUAUGUUGGCUACCCCUGGCUUAUUCAUUUAUCUUUUAGUUACCUUUUGCUACUGUUUUGUUGCAUUUUGUAUGUACUCAUGUUUUACUAAACAAUUUCUCUUCCAUUUUUAAUGCAUAUUUGUUUACAAGACACAUCUCAGUGUUGUAUCAAGAGGCUAUCUUGGUAUUGUCAGCUAUGAAAAUUAACUACGUCAGUAGUUAAGGAACGUUGUCAAAGUUGGUAUUUUAAAACUUGAUGUUUGAGUUUUAGGUGUCCAUAACAAUUUUGUUCUGUUCCGUUCCUUAGUUGUCCCGUGUAAGAAACCUUCUGGCCUCAGGUCCUGGGUAUGGAGAGUUUAUUUUGUCUUAAUUAUCAUGGAGCGUGACAUUGCAAACAAGCAGCCCCAGCCCCACAGAAUCUUAUACCGGGCAGAGAAGUUGAAAAUCCAUUAGAAUUGCAAUCAUGUUUCUUAGAAGCUAUUUGGGAUGUUUUAAUGAGGUAUAAGAUGUCUUGCCGAAACAGGAAUUUUUAUGGUUUGAUUUGAAUUUAAUUAAACAGCGAUUGGCAAUGGCUCUGUUUUAUUCUGAACAGUAUUAGCAAACCUGCUUCAUGUGGGAGCCUUUGGCUGCCACCAGCGAGUUGAGUGGUGGUUAAUGUGGGACAUGCUGAAGUGGAUCCACUGAAAGCGGAGGCUGUCAGAUGAAGAUCAAAAGACAAAAUGCAGUGAUGAUGUUUUACACGCUCCUUCAGGGCUCUUUCUGCACAGGGCUGUGUCUUGGAUCAACAUCUGUCGACACGUCAUUCCACUGCGUUUGCGUGAGUAGCGUGGGCUCUGCAGGAGCCCUGUUUAACAGCUGAUUCUGGCAGAGAGGGAUUUUGGAAACCAGACCCAAAUCUUUUCUUCAUAGCCUGCUUGUAGCUGUAGGAUCUGACCGAGGUGCCGCAAUGCCACAGCAGUGGCAGCGACGCUGUGUUUCUGUGACCCAUGUUUAUCAUCAGUCGAGCUCCUGUUGUAAUCCCUGACUGUCUUAUCACCACCUAACACAGAGAGGUUAAGCUUUGGGUUUGGAUCUCGAACUGAGGAGUAUUCUUCUUGCCUCUGUACAAAGAACAAACAAAAAUAAGGGAGAAUAUGUUCACUGCAGAUCCUUGAUUCUUUCUGGAGGAGGCAGCUUUGCUGACCAUAAUCAUGCUUUGCAAAAAAAUAUGUAAAACUAACUAGAAUUUUGUUUGCCCCUUCCCAAAGAAUGCAGUAGAAGGCUUUGCAGAGCUAUUCCAGACAUCGGGAGCUGAGAACUUGGCUUUAGCUGCGCUGUUGAACUGAGGCUGGAGUCGCUCCCUCCAUGUGAAUGUGUGUGCACACGCGCUCGCUGCCCAGGGGAAAGCGUGUUCCCCACGGAGGCUGCAUCCAGGUUUGUAUGAGGACUGCCUGCUGUGUGCACUCGGAGCAAACGCUGCACUGUGCAGUUGCCACCUUGGCCUGUUUUGCACACGCUAGUGAGGGCUUUCAGGGCAUUUCUUUGUUUUUUUAGCACUCAAAUCAAUUGUACCAUGGCAUGGUGGGCUUUGGCAGUGUCAGGUUUAUGGUUGGACUCGAUGAUCUUAAAGGUCUUUUCAACCUAAACGAUUCUGUGGACUAAUUAGUUGCCAAAGGUUAUUUUUAACUGCAUCUUUGACAUUGUUGUAUGCCACGUCUUCUAAAAGAAGUGUCUUAAUUGUGUCUUUGACUCGUUUUAUGUUCAUGAAACAGAAGGUUGGACUUCUUCUAUAGUUAAAACAUUUUCUUCUCUGUUGAGACGAUGCGUUGGAGUAGGUUUUCAUCUCAAAGCAGGGGUUUUGGCAGGGGGUGUAACAGGUUAAUGAGGGACCUUCGGAAGACAGGGGUCUUUGGACGGAGACACGGAAUGAACUGUAGGCAGUGCAGUGAGGAGAGGGGAGGAGAGGUUGGACGCGUUGUGUUCGGAGCCCAUUUCACCCUGAGCAGCACACGCAGCAGUGCUGUACUCAUAACUGGAAGCUCUUUGUUAACUUUUUUUUUUUUGUUUGGGGUUAUUUUUUCCUUUUUUUUUUGACCACAGGAAGGCUUUGAGGAUGGCCUCUGCAUGGUUCCUAGUGCGUGCGGUGUGCGGGGUGGGGGGAAGUUUUUACAAUACCUAGGUUUGCUCUAGGCUCCUUGAGAUGUGUUGUGGUUUAUUUGGCUAGCAUGUCUUAAAUCUUCAGGCUUGGAAACUGCUUUAUAGAAUUGUGUUGACUUUUUGUUCUGCUGUUGUUCAGUUGCACAGAGUUUUCUAUAUAUCAUGUACUAGUUUUAACGUUAAUUCUCUGUGAACAGGGUUGAGAUUAUUCAUUGUAGUUGAAAAAAAAAAAAAAAGCUGUAUUCUAAAACUCCCUUUAAAGAUCUUGUUUGUAUUCUGUUGCAGUGUUACCAGAUGGCCUUAUGUACGUCACAGUGUUUGUGAUAAGUACAGUAGCACAUUUAAUGCUUAUCCCCUCCCUCUGUUUUUAUAGCUGAGAAGUGUAUUCUUAAUAAUAGGUGAAUAAAGGGAAAAUCCUAGCAACAUGAACGGUAAGGAGAGUGGUUGUCUCCUCUAAUGACAGCUGGAAUUAAUCUGGGACUGAACCGACUCUGAAUAGGGAUUGUUACCCAGCAUGAGACUUUGUCUUGGGAAUUCUGGGAAUCUGUGAGCGAGAGAUGUGUGCCAGAAGCCUAUAAAUCGGAAUAGAUCCGCUGGCUUCACCGUAACUGGUGUGACUUACAGUGGCCGAGGAUCCCACUCUGCGCAGCAUUUUGUCUGUGGCUCAGACACGGUCGGGGAGGGAAGCCGAAGCAAAAUUUUAGAGAGCUUCAGCACCUUCAUCAGCUGUGGUGAUGUGUGACCGUUGUUGUGCUGUUUAUUUUUAAAGUGCACAUCUGUUUUGGAAAGUGACUUUCUGAUGCCUCUAGUGUUUACUCCUCAAUUGAAUUUUUAGAUUAACCUGGGUUCCUUGCAAACUGGCAAGAUGUCUGCAGUGUUUCUAGACCCCAGCAGCUCUGACAUCUCUGCUUGGGGCAGACUUAGCGGACAAUUGUGUCAGUUAACUGACUCUUAACUCUGGAACGGAUUCCAUUUUACUUUCCUGUAAUUUUAGCAGUGGUAAAAAUUACAUUGAAAGUAGCAGAGAUAACGUUUUCAGUUACUCUUUCCAGAACAGAGUUGCAUUUUAUAUACAUAUAUAUAUAAAAGUAUAUAUAUAGUACCAAGUCAAGAGACAAAGCAAGUUAUGAUGUAGUGAGUGUCUGACUUCCUACACUGGAGACUUUUUCUAGACCCGAUCUUUUCGAGACAACUGUAAUCUUACACCGCUUUGGUGCUCUCUUUACAGUUGGGUCAACUUGCCUGGAAGAGAAUAGCUUCUCAGUCUGACUUUCUUUGAAAAUAAAACCUUAUAAGAGUAUCUUAAUGCCAUUGUGUUUUUUAAAAAAAUGCUGGUAUGUAAUGCAAGUACAUAAAUAGCCAAAGUUUUCAGUAAUUGUUCAGUGUUACUAAAUUUGCUUUUAUUUAACCUUCCAAGAUAACAUAUGAGGAAGACCUUCAGUGUGUUGAUAUAUUGAAAAACAAAAAGAAGUCUGAUCAACUCGAUUAUCGCAGAUAUGCAGUUAUUUAAACACAUUUCAGGUUUGAAUACAAUUUGGAAGCAAAGUUCUAAGAUGCAAAACUUGCUUUGGAGGAAGGGCACUGUAAUGACACUUCAAAGUAAGAAACACUGCUCUUAAAGCAUGGCGCAUUGGCAGUUGUUAUUCAGACAUAACGAAGGUCUUUCCUGAGAAAUCAGGUGACUUUUUUAUUGCUUCAAUUUUUGUGCAAAAAAAAAAAAUUAAAUCAAUGUAUUGCAAUCUUUUUUAAAAAUGGGGUGGGAAUAGUUAAAGAAAACUAUUUUAUGUAAGAACUGACAGAGGGAUUUGCUUUGUAUAAUGCAAGCUGGCUUUAAAAAAAGCAUUGUAGCAAAUUAUUCAAGUCAAUCAUAUGUUAAUAGUUAUGUGCAACCAGACAUGCAAAACAAUUGUAUUUUUUUAAAUAAAUAUUUUUAACAAAG